AUGGGUAAAUUACAUUGUGGUGCAAACUAUGCGAUUGACUCGGAAAUUCCAGAAUUGGCUGAUUUGGCAUACAAUAGGGAUGUGGCCAUACAUUUGGCUCAAAUGAAUAUUGCAUUAUCUGAGGAUAUUGAUGAAAAACAACGAUUACUGGAUGGCCGGCAAUAUGUGGACAAAUAUAUGUCUGAAUACGUGAAUAGUAUUCAACACUUACUGACAGUCGAUUGCAAUGCUAUUCUAAACACUAAACAAGAGCUCAAUAAUAGACAGUGUUAUCGAAAAUUUGUCGACAUUUAUAGCAAAAAUUGCUUUAAUUUUAAUCAGAAUUUAUACGCUUUCCAUAAGUUGUGGUUGCGCCCUUUCUAUACAUAUUUAAAGCAGUUAUUUCUCAAAAGUCUCACUAUAGCUGUGAAUACAUUUGAUCUCAUCGAUAGGCAUCUUUGGUUUGCCGGCCGACACGUCGGCGACGUUGCGUUUAAUACAAUCAAUCAGUUUUUGCCGAUCUCUCUCUGUUGGGCAGUCGAUGACCAGACCUCCGCCGUUGAUAUACCGGUCUUAACUUUCAUUUCACUCGCCUUUGAUGUCAAAGUCUGUCCGGCCGUCGGUUUGACCACAACUGGAAACAGUUUGGGUGAUGUCUUUGGCGUACUAUUUGACUCAUUUUCGGCCAAUUGGUCCGAAAGUGACUUUAUUAUGGCCAGCAGGCCGUCGGUGCAGACCUUAGCGCCCGCUCUGACAUCGCGUGCGGUCUUUGGAUACAAAGAUACUGUUGAACCAAACGCUGAUAUUAGGGACUUUGCCUGA